AAACAUGACCCCGUAACUUAAGGUCCGUUCGAAUUAAGCAACAGUUUAACAAAUAAAGUGAUAUUACAAUCGUUCAUUCUUCUAUUUAUUGACUGACACGUAGCGGUUCUCUUUUACUUAGAAUCAUUAAAAAAUGAGUGGAAAAGUUUUGGUGAUCGGAAGCGGCGGACGCGAACAUGCGAUAGUUUGGAAACUUUCUCAAAGUGCCGAUGUGCAAGAAAUAUUUGUUGCACCCGGUAGUUACGCCAUUCAACAGUGCAAAAAGACCGCCUGCAUUGAUCUUAAUGUUAAUCAACACGAAGAAAUUGCCCAAUGGUGUCAGACCACCGGUGUGAACCUAGUGGUCGUUGGGCCCGAAGAUCCCCUAGCCAAGGGCAUAGCCGACGUACUCACUUCACGUGGAAUUCCAACAUUCGGUCCUCACAAAAACGCGGCUCAGAUCGAAUCCGACAAGGCGUGGGCGAAAGACUUUAUGGACCGUCACGGAAUACCGACGGCACGAUGGAAGUCAUUCGCCGACGCCGCCGAAGCCAAGUCUUUCGUUAAUAAUGCGGAUUUUCCCGCGUUGGUCGUAAAAGCCAGCGGAUUGGCAGCCGGUAAGGGAGUUAUCGUCGCGUCUAGUAAAAAGGAAGCGUGCGAGGCGGUUGAUAUGAUUUUGACCGAUAAGAAAUUCGGGGCGGCUGGAGAAAGCGUGGUGAUUGAGGAGUUGUUGGUCGGUGAAGAGAUUUCGGUUUUAGCGUUUUGUGAUGGCACGACAGUGAGUGCGAUGUUGCCUUCCCAAGAUCAUAAGCGCAUAUUUGAUGGGGAUAAAGGUGGUAAUACAGGUGGAAUGGGUGCCUACUGCCCUUGUCCCUUUUUGAACGACGACCAACUUGCGUAUGUUAACAAACAUGUUCUGCAAGCAACCAUAGACGGCUUCUUAAAAGAAAAUAUGAGAUUUGUUGGCGUUCUGUAUGCCGGUUUGAUGUUAACCGAACAUGGUCCCAAAGUGUUGGAAUUUAACUGCAGAUUCGGCGAUCCUGAAACAGAAGUUAUUUUACCACUUCUGCAAACUGAUCUGUAUUCAAUUAUGAUGUCAUGUUGUACGGGAAAAUUAGACAGUAUUAAACUGGAAUGGAGAGAAAGUGUAUUUGCGGUUGGAGUUGUAAUGGCGUCGAAGGGUUAUCCGGAGAGUUCAAGUAAAGGGCAAGUUAUUAGAGGUUUAGAAAACGUAAGCAGUUUGCCGGAUCAGGUAGUGUUCCAUUGUGGAACAGCGAUAAAAGAUGACAAUUUAGUCACAAAUGGGGGACGGGUUCUAAUAUCAGUGUCACUAGCAUCUGAUUUGCUAACAGCCGCGGCACGUGCAACCAGUUCAUGCGCACUUAUCAAUUUUGAUGGUCAACAGUACAGGCACGAUAUAGCACGGAAGGGAAUAUGCCUAUCCAUUUUAAACAGAGGUAAUUUAACUUACCAGCAAAGUGGCGUCGAUAUCGUUGCCGGUGACCGUUUGGUCGAUUUUAUCAAACCUUUGGCCAAAUCGACGCAGCAGCGAGGUGUUGUUGGCGGAAUUGGCGGUUUUGGCGGACUUUUCGACCCCAAAGCGGCAGGGUUUAAUGAUCCACUUUUGGUGUCUGGCGCGGACGGUGUCGGUACCAAACUAAAGAUUGCUCAAGAAGUUGGAAAUCACGCCACUAUCGGAAUCGAUUUAGUCGCAAUGUGCGUGAACGACGUGCUCGCCCACGGCGCCCAGCCUUUAUUCUUCCUCGACUAUUUCGCCUGCGGAAAACUGGAUCUUGAAGUAAGCAAGAAGGUGGUGGCAGGUGUUGGUGAAGGUUGCAAACUUGCCGACUGCACAUUAAUCGGUGGAGAAACCGCGGAAAUGCCUGACAUGUAUAAGUGUGGCGAAUACGAUCUGGCCGGUUUUUCGGUCGGGGCGGUGGAACGAGAUUGUUUGUUGCCUCGAACAAAUGAAAUUGCAGCGGGUGACGUUGUCAUAGGAUUGCCGUCUAGCGGUGUGCAUAGUAACGGAUUUAGCUUAGUAAGAAAAGUUGUACAGCUAUCAGGCCUAUCAUAUAAUCAGCAGGCACCAUUUAGUGAAACAGGAAAAACGCUUGGCGAAGAAUUACUAACGCCAACAAAGAUUUACGUACAAAACCUUAUUGGUCUGGUUAAACAGAAGAAAAUAAAAGCAUUCGCCCACAUUACAGGUGGAGGGUUGUUAGAAAAUAUCCCUCGCAUAUUACCUCCGACAUUAUCGGCGCAUCUUGAUGCAACAUCAUGGACGAUUCCAAAAGUAUUCGGGUGGUUAGCGGUAACAGGUGGAAUUAACGAAUUUGAAAUGUUGCGCACGUUUAAUUGUGGAAUCGGAGGAGUAGUAGUUAUUAAACCGGAAGACGAGCCGUGCGUAUUGAAUGGCUUGGUUUCGCUGGGCGCGGUAAAGAUCGGCGCGAUAAAAAUGAAGAGUGCAGAUGCGAAGUCGGUUACAGUCGAUAACUUUAUGAAAUCGAUGGAUUUAAUCAUGCGGCCGUUUGUUGCCGAUGCUACUUCUAAGUUAUGCGUACGAAAAAAAAGAGUGGGUGUUCUUAUAUCUGGCAGUGGCACAAACUUGCAAGCUCUUAUCGAUUCGACCAGAGAUCCAACCAAGCAUAGCGCCGCCGAAAUUGUGUUGGUGAUCUCGAAUAAGCCUACCGCGUAUGGAUUAGAAAGGGCUAAAAAAGCUGGAAUACCUGCACUUGUUAUUAGUCACAAAGAUUACAACUCGAGGGAGGCGUAUGAUACGAUUUUACACGAAAAAUUGGUGCAAGCCAACGUUGACAUCAUCUGCUUGGCGGGUUUCAUGCGAAUUUUGAGCGGAGAAUUCACGCAGAAAUGGACGGGACGAAUGAUUAACAUCCAUCCCUCACUUCUACCGUUAUUUAAAGGUGCCAAUGCCUGGCAACAGGCUUUAAAUUCGGGCGUACGCGUUACCGGAUGUUCCGUCCACUUUGUCGAGGAGGACGUCGACGCUGGAGCAAUAAUUGUUCAAGAAACUGUACCUAUCAAGCCGGAUGAUACUGAAGAAAGUCUGCUGGAAAGAAUACACACAGUCGAACAUAAAGCAUACCCUCUUGCAUUGGAACUGGUAGCGUCAGGGCGAGCGAAGCUGAAUGAAGAUAAGAAAGUAGUCUUGUGUUAAUUAUUAAGAGAGAACAAGAAAUAAAGAGCAGUUUUCAUACA